CGUAAUUCUCUCUCAGGUGGCUGAUCUCAUCCGCGCGUCCGUCGUCAGCCAGCCCAGCUCGGUUGUAUUUAGUUCAGAGUUUUUCGCUACGCGAGUCGGAUCGUCAUCUAUAGGACCGUUGUCGCAACAGCUCGUCGUCACGGAAUUGUGAUUCUGUAUUUUUUGUGGCAUCCAGUUAGCCAAUUAGCAGAUACUUUGAAGCGACCAGUCAUCCGCAUUCCACAAUCCACGCCGUACAAUAGUGUAUAAUUCCACUUGCUGUUAACUCGAAUCAGUAUUGUUCAAGAAAUAUGUCCUGGUACUACACUCCCAAACCAACCGUGGUCCCAGCGGAGGGAUUCGAUGCGUCGGCCGAUGCCAACGCCCUGCGGGCCGCCAUGAAGGGCUUCGGAACCGAUGAGCAGGCCAUCAUCGACAUUCUGUGCGCCCGCAGCAACGGCCAGCGGAUGCAAAUUCUGGAAACCUAUUCCAGCGAACUGGGACGGGUGAGUACAACUAUCAGUACCGUCAAAUGGGGUGACUUGCAACGGCGGGGUGACUUGCAACACUUGAUGUCUUCUGUCUAUGUUUAUCAACAAAACGUAAAAAUCGGACGUUUACAUACCAAAACUCAGUUGAACUAUAAAGUGCACAUACUAUCUGAGUAGUAGCCACGAUUUUUACUUUUAUGAAAAUAGUUCCAACAAAAUAUUCAUAAAUUUAACAUUAGUUUGAAAGAGUAACAAAAAUGUGAACCUCGAAUCGUUACCUGCAAAAGAAUGAAAACAAAAUUUCCCAAAAAUAAUAUUCUAUAUGCGGAUUCUAUACAUAAUGAGCUAUAUGAAUUUCUAUUUUACUUUAUAAAAAUAUUACAAUAUCUUUGUUAUAUUCAUAUGUUUUGAAAUAUUGUACCUAGACGGGGUGACUUGCAACACUCAUUUUCUUAACAAUUCAAAGUCCAGAAAAACGAAAUAUUGUUGUUUAACUAAUAAUUCACCAGCAAAAGUCUGAAGGAUCAUUAUAUGAACUGAAAAAUACAUUAAAACUUAUGUUAAAUUAACAAUUAGUAACUUAGUGUUUUUGACCCCAAUAUUUCCAUAUAAAAAUUCACAAUUCAAUUUCCUAUGUAAAAACAAAUGUAAAAAUAAGUAUGUCAGCCCAAACGAUAUCACAAUAGUAGCAAGAAUACUUAUCAAAUAUGCUUGAAACUAAAAAAAAUAAAUCUGCGUGUUUGAAAAGGGAUUUACAUUGGGUGUUGCAAGUCACCCCGCGCGACGUCUUGUAUCAAAAACGACCUUAUUUGGCUUUUUCAACAUGAAAAAAUAAAUCAAUCUAUAACUUGUUCACUCUAUUUCAUAGAGGGGCCGGCUAUUAAAACUACUACAAAUAGUUUGAAUUUUAAAAUUGAGUUUAAUCCACAUUUUUUGUUAGCUGAAGCUGAAAAGUGUUGCAAGUCACCCCGUUUGACGGUA